UUCUAUUUCUCAAGGAAAAGGAUUCUCAAUUUUCUGUUCUUUUUUUUUUUUAUUUAAAAAAAAGACCAAUUUCCUUUGGUUGCCCACAACAUAUUUUGCUGCUACUCAUUUGGGUUUCCAUUUCUUUCUUAUUUGCAUCUCCUUUUACUUUAAAAUAAUUUGUUCUUUAUCAAAGUAAUGAUUUUGACUUCCAAGUGGCAUGGCCGUGCCUCAUUUGCAUCCUCUGCUAUUCCAGUGCUUAAGCCCAGGACUAAAUUUGGAGUGAUAAAAGUAGCUAAUGUGACUCAGUCAGAGUCAAACACAAAGAAAGCAAAUUUGUCAGCAGCCAAAAAGGAAAGAAUUCAGCUGCCAAAUUAUGGUAAUGAGUAUGGAAAUGGGAGUGAGAAAUUCCAUAUUGGUGAAUUCUUGAGCCAUCCAUCUGCAAUUGAAGCCUUGCUCAAUACAAAUGCCUUGAAAAGUUUCCAAUGUCUUGGUACUAACACUUACAGGUGCACUCUGCAAAGAGUUCGACUUCUGAACUUCGAAGCAGCUCCAGUGCUUGACUUGCGAGUAACUCCAACAAACGAUGAUUGUACCGUCGAAAUGCUGUCUUGUAAGUUUGAGGGUUCGGAAAUCAUGGAACGGCAAAACAGCCAUUUCUCAGCAUUCAUGAGAAAUCAUAUGACAUGGGACACAAAUGAUUCAGAAUCAUUUUUGGAGGUUGACGUCACGUUGAAUCUCACUCUCGAGAUCUACACACGCCCUUUUACCAUGAUGCCAGUAUCAGCCGUCGAGCGUCCUGGAAAUUUAAUGCUACAAGCUCUAUUGGAUAGGCUGGUGCCAUUGCUCCUGCAACAACUAUUACAAGAUUACGGCAAAUGGGUUCAUCAACAACAGUUAGAUCCUGUUACAUAAAACUCCAUUUUCCUCUUUCUGCGCCAUACAAGACAAUUUGAGCCUUUUUGAGUUUUGACAACUUUUCACCCAAAUUCUCAACUAGAGCGAAUGAAUUCUUAAAGUUUUGAUAUAGCUGAUUUGCUGGCCCUUUGUUACAUUCAAUCUAGAGUGUCAUUUCUAGUUGGCCACGUGUAUUUCUAACUGUAGGGCCCACAUACAACCAAAGGUUGACAUUCAAACGAGAUUGUAACUGA